UACAACUUCAAUGUGAUUAUGCAGAAAACUUCUCGGCUCUGCUCAUCGAAGCCCAUUGUCACGGUAAAUGGACGAUAUCCAGGCCCAACUCUUUAUGCUAGAGAAGGGGACAAUGUGCUCGUCAAUGUGGUCAACCAAGUCAAGUACAACGUUACCAUUCACUGGCAUGGAGUAAGACAACUUCGAACGGGCUGGGCGGACGGCCCGGCGUACAUCACCCAAUGCCCAAUCCAGCCCGGCCAGAGCUACCUCUACAACUUCACCAUAACAGGGCAAAGAGGCACUCUGUGGUACCACGCCCACAUACUGUGGCUAAGGGUCACAGUCCAUGGCGCCAUUGUCAUCAAGCCCAAGCCUAAUGUCCCUUAUCCUUUCUCCCAACCCUACAAGGAGGUCGUUGUCAUCUUAGGAGAGUGGUGGAAGGCUGACACAGAAGCUGUAAUCAACCAGGCAAUGAAAACUGGUCAAGCACCAAAUGUUUCUGAUGCUCACACCAUUAACGGCCACCCUGGACCUUUGUCUAGUUGCAAUUCUUCACAGAGUGAUGGAUUUAAGCUCCAAGUAAAAAGCGGCAAGACAUACCUCCUCCGCAUCGUCAACGCUGCACUGAACGAAGACCUCUUCUUCAAGAUCGCCGGCCACAGCCUCACCGUGGUUGAAGUCGACGCCAUCUACACCAAACCCUUCUCCACCGACACCCUCGUCAUCACCCCAGGCCAAACCACCAAUAUCCUCCUCACCACCAACAAAUCCCCCAGCCAAUACCUCAUCACCGCUUCCCCUUUCAUGGACACAAUGGUAGUCGCAGUCGACAACAAAACCGCCACCGCCACCGUUCAUUACGAGGGUUCUGUUUCCACCACCUCCGCCACCACCACCACCACCAAAAUCCCAUCUAGAAACGCAACUCCAAUAGCCACCAGCUUCUCCAACUCUCUCCGUAGCCUCAAUUCAAAAGACUUUCCUUGCAAAGUCCCAAGAACGAUUGACCACUCCCUUCUCUUCACGAUUGGGUUAGGAGUGAACCCCUGCGCCACUUGCGUCAAUGGAAGCCGCGUGGUGGCGGCAAUAAACAAUGUUAGCUUUGUCAUGCCGUCGAGUGCUUCGCUGUUACAGGCGCAUUUCUUCAAUUUGUCGGGAGUGUUUACGGCUGACUUCCCGGCGAAUCCACCGGUGGCGUUUAAUUACACGGGAGCUGGACCGAGUAAUCUGAAGACCAUGAGCGGGACCAGAAUUUACAGACUCGAGUAUAAUUCGACGGUGCAGCUUGUGUUGCAAGAUACGGGGAUUAUUGCGCCUGAGAGCCAUCCUAUACAUCUACAUGGGUUCAAUUUCUUUGUUGUUGGGAAGGGGGUUGGGAACUAUGAUCCCAAGGUCUCACCGUCUGCUUUUAAUCUGGUUGACCCGAUCGAAAGGAAUACUGUUGGAGUUCCGUCGGGCGGGUGGGCGGCGUUGAGAUUCAGAGCAGAUAACCCAGGUGUUUGGUUCUUGCAUUGUCAUUUUGAGGUGCACACGACUUGGGGUCUUAAGAUGGCAUUUGUGGUGGAUAAUGGGAUUGGGGUGAAUGAGUCAAUAUUGCCACCUCCUAGUGACCUUCCAAAGUGUUAGUGGGGUGUCUUAAAAAGGAGAAAUAAUUUUGUGCCGACGUCGAACGCAGUUCAUCGUUCGGAGACCAAUCAUAAUGCACCACGUCAACAGUACCGAGCGUGGUACCGAGCCGCAGUACCGAACGGAGGUGAUGUGACACAUUCUGUUUGGUCUCUAGAUUGUAUUCGGCGUCCGUAAAGAAUAAUUUACCCUUAAAAAGCCACCCAAACUCUCAAGAACUAUUAGUAUGUAGAGCACUAAUGAUUUUGUAUUUGUGGGUGUAUUUUUUAAAGUUUUUAAUUGUUUUUUUUUUUAAUUCUUUAUUGUUAGUAUGUGUUGCCAUGCAAGUAAAUGUAGUCCAUCUAAUGAAAAAAGUGUUGA